AUGCCUCAAAUUGUCAACUAUCUCGCUAUCGCAGCUCUGGCAGCUUGCGCGGCGGCCACGCCUGUUGCGGAGCCGGCCAUCACCGCUGCUCCCAGUCUUGAGAAGCGUGCCACCUGUACCUUCUCCGGCUCCAAUGGUGCUGCUUCUGCCAGCGCUUCUCAGAAGUCCUGCGCGACUAUUGUUCUCUCCAACGUGGCCGUCCCCUCGGGUGUCCCAUUGGACCUGAGCAACCUGAAUGAUGGAACCCAUGUUAUCUUUGAAGGUACCACUACUUGGGGCUACAAGGAGUGGACAGGUCCUAUGCUACAGAUCCAGGGCAAGGAUAUCACUGUCACCGGUGCAAGCGGCGCGAAGCUCAACCCCGACGGUGCGCGCUGGUGGGAUGGCCAGGGAGGUAACGGUGGCAAGACCAAGCCUAAGUUCUUCGCUGCCCACAGUUUGACCGGCGCGUCCGUUAUCAACAACCUUUACAUCGAGAACACCCCCGUUCAGGCCGUCAGUAUCAAUGGCUGCGAUGGAUUGACCAUCAAUAGCAUGACAAUCGACAACAAGGCCGGUGACUCCGCAGGCGGCCACAAUACCGAUGGUUUCGAUAUCGGUAGCAGUUCCAACGUUGUUAUUAACGGUGCUACCGUGUACAACCAGGACGAUUGUGUUGCUGUCAACUCUGGAACUGACAUCACCUUCAGCGGUGGUUACUGCUCUGGUGGUCACGGUCUGUCCAUUGGCAGUGUUGGCGGCCGCUCGGACAACACCGUUGACAACGUUACCUUCAAGGACUCUACUGUCACCAAGUCUGACAAUGGUAUCCGUGUCAAGGCUACCGAGGGCACCACCGGUACCAUCAAGGGCGUUACCUACUCUGGCAUCACGCUGUCCUCUAUCGCCAAGUACGGUAUCCUGAUCGAGCAGAACUACAAGGGCGGUGACCUUAAGGGUUCCCCGACCAGCGGUGUCCCCAUCACCGGCCUUACUAUCUCCGGCAUUUCCGGCACCGGUGCUGUCGCCUCCAGCGGCUAUGACAUUGCCAUCGUCUGCGGCAGUGGUGCCUGCUCUGGCUGGACCUGGAGUAACGUCAAGGUCACUGGUGGUAAGACCUAUGGCAGCUGCCAGAACGUUCCUAGCCCGGCUAGCUGCUAG